GGGACCCGCACGGAGUGAGUCGGAGGUGGGUAGACGAGACACCGGGACGCGCUGAGAAGGAGCCGGAGCCGAGCUGACCGCCGCAGUUGCAGGUUCCGAUCUUUGGGUACUACCACAGGAGCUGCUCUCCAGCCCCUGCUUCUGGACCUAUGGAUUCUCCGUCUAGCGUUUCUUCUCAUUCCUCCUGCUCUCUCUCUUCCUCUUUCUCCACCUCCCCAGUGAACAGUGACUUUGGCUUCCCCUCUGAUAGUGAGAGGGAGGGCAAGGGCGCCCAUGGGUGCAGGCCAGACGACACUGUUGGGCAGAGGGGAUGUUCCCGGCCCAGCCCGGGUCCUAUCCGCUGCAGGCAUCGACCCAAGGUUUUCAGUAACCGACAUACAGCAUCUCAUCUGGGACAGCGAGGCUUGACUUCUGUGGUGGGAUCCGGGGUCAAGAGAUCACCAAGACACGAUGAACCAGAGACCAGUCUAAAUAUCCAGGGUUGUACCUCGGAGGGAGACCUACUUUUUGCGCAAAAGUGUAAAGAGCUCCAAGGAUUCAUACGCCCCCUCACGGACCUACUGAACCGGCUAAAGAUGGGUCGUUUUGACAGAGGAUUGAGCAGCUUCCAGCAGAGUGUGGCAAUGGAUAGACUCCAGCGUAUUGUGGGUGUGUUAAAGAACCCUCAGAUGGGAGAGCGCUAUCUGGGGACUCUGCUGCAAGUGGAAGGGAUGCUAAAGACAUGGUUUCCUCACAUAGCAGUCCGGAAGUCAGCACUGGGAACUAACAGGCAUCAGCUGACCAAGCAUUUUGCAAGCCACCGCACUGAUUCACCUGCCUCCUCUCCAGCACCGCUCAUGGACAAGAGGGGCCGGACACAGCUAGAACAUUCAGUUUUGAAACCACAGCAGCCUUGGCAUCUGGCGGAAUGGCCAACUAUGAACCUCACCUGGAUCCACACUACUCCAAUUUGCAACCCCCCUCUCAGUUCCCCAGAUACCGUCUCCUUUAGCCAUGGUCCCUUAGGUACUGGAGCCAGCAUUGGUGUUAUCGUUUUCCUCCAGCAUGGAGCACAGCCCUUCACCCACUCGGCCCCAGGCACUCCAGUCCAACCUGCCACCGUGUCCCCUGUCAUCCCUGCUGAUCCAAAGAGGCUCUCUGGAGAGGGGCCUCGUUGCCACAGUUUGCCAGGGACUCUGCCAUCAGACUGGAGAUGCUCUGUAUCCCCCACUGGUCUACCCGCCAUAGCCAGAGAGAGGAUCACAGGACACCUCCAGCCACAGAUGAGCUGCCAUCCUCCAGUUGCUUCUACUGCCCAUCUCCUCAAACCCUAACCCAGGCUGCAUGACUGUCCUCUGUGAUUUCCAACUCGCGUGCGUGUGUGUGUGUGUGUGUGUGUGUGUGUGUGUGUGUGUGUGUAUGUAUAUAUAUGUAUUUUUUUUUACUUUUAAUGUGUAUAUUUGUGUUGCAGAAAGAUAUAUCCUUUCCGAUUAAAGAAUUUUUUACCUGAA